AUGGCUUCUUCUGAAUUAAAGAAAAACUUGGAGGCUGAAGAGAUGGUUUUGACAGGAGGUUUGAAAUCUCUCCUACCCCAUAUGCUAAGAAGAAUAAUUCGAUGCAACAGACUUAAUAUUAGUAAUACUUCUGGAAUGGCAGAGGGCUACAAACAGGCCAAUGUGGUGAUUUUGCACAAAACCCUGGCUGAUGACUUUGAGAAGUUUUGCCAUGCAAAUGAUGGACCCCUGCCACUACUGUACAAAAGCAAACCAGGCGACUGGAAAUGUACUUCUCUGAGUAGUGAUUCCGAUAUCAGAACUGACUGCCUACGGUACAGAAUAUAUGAGCAUGGAGCUUGUACUGGAUCACUAAAAAGCCUAAAGGAGUAUUCUGAACAACUUAAGGACAUGGUCACUUUUUAUUUAGGCUGCAGCUUCUCUUUUGAAAAAGCAGUCCAAAAUGCUGGCAUUCCUAUAAGAAAUGUUGAGCAAAAAUGUAAUGUAAGCAUGUAUAAGACAGCUGUGCCUUGUUACAGUGUUUCUGCUUUUUGCUGCAACUUAGUAGUCACAAUGAGACCUAUUCCUGAAAGCAAGUUGGAAGCAGCUGUGCUGGCAACAUCUGAAUUAAAAGAAGCCCAUGGAGCACCAAUUCACAUGGGUGACCCUGGUCAGUGCUGUUCAUUUUUCACUCUGGAUCCACUUUGCCAUGUAUAA